GAAAAUACGCGGAAUUUUAUAUGCCGCGUUUCUCGAGUGUAUACAACUUGCGUUUAAAUCAAUUGAAGUUUGAAGGGAUUAAAAUACUAGGAAGGCAUGCGACAAUGAGUACAGUAAAGGAAAAGCAGUUCUUAAAACUGUUGAUAUUUUCAGAACAAAUUUCUUGGAAGGUUGUCCGGUCAUUUAUAAAAUCAAACAUACUCAUCAACUUCGAUAACUCAUUUGUAAAGUUUCUUGAUUUCCACAAGCAUUCUAUUUACCAUCUUUGGAGAAAUUCUGUAGCAUGUUGUGAAUGUGAGCACUCUGCAUUUGUGCGAAAGACUGACAGAUGUUUAAAAGAAGAAGAAAUAAAGGAACUUUUCAAAGUAGGACAAAAUAUGACACCAGAACAUUUCAUUGUCAUUGGAAAUACUGUAAAACAAAAUUGCAUUUGCGACGUUAGAAUUAACGACCGAUGUUCAUUGGAUAAACUUGACAUCAUGCUAGCAUAUACACUGAUAAAAAACUGUGGAAGCUUACGUCCUGCUGAGGACACGUGGUUGAGAACAAUCAAUGAUAUAGUAUACAGACUGAACCACGAAGAAAGCUUAUCAUCUGUUGACCAAGAAACCCUAGAUAGGUGGUGGACAAUGCUAGAAGGAUCCGUUCUAGGUUUAGCUAGUAAAGUUCAACCUACUUGCUUUGAAGAAUCAGUCAAUACGAGUAUUGAUUUAUUGAAGAUAUCUAAUUUUGACGUCAAGUGUGUAAAAGAUAUGGUCGACAAGAUAAAAGAUGAAAAGUGUCUUAGUAUAAGGAAACAGCUCGGCAGGAUAGGUACUGACAUAUUCACAAACAAUAGUCCACAUCAGGUUGGUGCUGUGAAAGAAGAAAUGAACGAAGACUUGCAGCAAGAUAAAGACAUAAAAUCUGAAAGACAAACGAUCAAAACAGAAUGCACUUCAUCGUUAACUGAUGGUAGCUGUUUAAACGAAUGUCCAUUGUGUCAUAACACUGUUUGCUGCAACAUGUGUGAAGAGAAUCUCGAAAAGAUUAAAAACAUGGAAAAGCAGCAUGAAAAAAAUUGUGAACUAAUUCAAGCUCUCAAAAGACAGGAAGAAACAAGUCGUCAGAAGAUUGCAGAAUUGGAACAGAAAUGUGAAGCAACUAAUGAAAAACUGAAAACCCUAGAAAAACAGAGUGGUGUGGAAAAAAAACAGGAAGAGAAAAGUCGUCAAAAGAUCAAAGAUUUGGAAAAUAAAUGUGAAGCAAAUAAAAACAAAAUCGUGAACCUAGAAAAACAGAACGAUAUGGAAAAAGAAAAGAUUCGAACCAUGGCAAACUAUAGAAAGCUAAAGAGGAGUGUCAUUAGAAAAUGUUUUGACCGAUUUGAUGAAGCACGAAGGGAAUAUGACACAAUGGAAGAGCAAGAAGAACAUGCAAUUGAAGGUAUAUUUUAUCGUAUUGAAGAAUAAACAGGGAACUUUAUU